AUAACCGAGUGAAAAGUGGAGGAGAAUGUGUGUCUAAAAAAGGGUGUGAUGCAUUCUCGCUACCCGCAGGUCUGGGCGACGUGAACGACUGUUCGGCCGACUUCUACGGACGCGAGCGCGGCUUCUUCGAGUGCUCCGGUGAGCCGGUCUGUGGCGCCGGCUGCAACGGUCUCCUCGCCGAGGUCGGAGCCGCCGGUCUGCUGUUCUACCAGCAGACGCCCGGAGCCGAGGCGCCGGCUUCUGCCGGCCCGGCCUACUCCACUCUGCCGCGCAGUCGUCUGCCCACUCAACGUUGCCACGGCGACGACGACGGCGACCACGAAGACGACGACGAGGGCCGUCUCUUGCCGGCCGGACACGCGUUGACGACAGGAUUUGUCUGCUCGGCCGCCGGACAGUCGCCAACAGACGCUGGUCGGCAAUCGCCGUCGCUUGACAACCUGAUCGGCGUCUACUCGGUCGGCCCGGGUCUGGCUCCGCAGCCGGUACCGGUACCGGUGGCGCGGCCCGGCGGCCUUGUCGUCAACGGCCUGUUGCUCGAGCAACCGGGCGGUCAACCGGGACGACAGCCGAUGAUGGCCAGCCUGAGGAUGCAGAACCCGAUGAUGCUGACGUUGCCGGAGGUCGCCAAUCUGCCGACGGGUCCGACCAACGCGGCCCAGACGAGAAGGCAGCUAUUCUGUUAUCCAUUCUCGGUAAGUCGGCCGAGGCCAAAUCGGGCCGAAAUGAAGAAGAUCGGAUGCAUUCAUCGUAUUUGCUCUAGCAAAUUAAGCGAACUGGUAGUUGACUGUUCCCGCAAUCGUUCUAGAAGACAUGUGGUUUCGAUUCGAUUUCAUAUAACCUUACUUUUCCAAAAGAAUAAUAAAAGUACUGUAUUUAAUCUGCAUUCGGAGUCCCUUCGAAGUGCUUCUAUGCAUCGAAAAAUGAUUACAACCAUGUCAAAGACCAAACAGUUUUGGUCUCAAUACCUUCGAUUAAACUCUUUUCUAUUUUUCGUUUAUAAGUAUGCUUUAGAGAGUAAUAGUUAA